CAUUUAGAGCGUCUCCGCCGGGUCUGCGUUUUUGACGGCGUGUAGAGGCGCGCGUGGGACUUGUUAUUAGCGGGACUAACAAGGGACUAAAAAACGGGACUAAAACGGGACUGAAAAGGGACUGACCACUGACUGCUGUCAUUUCCACAAGAGCUCUGCUAUAGUUACUCAACUUUCAAAUUGCUUAAUUCAUUUUCGCAUAUUUACAUUAAGAGGUUAUUGUUUUUAUUGUUAAUUAGUUGCGUUCACGUGCCCCGCAAGUGCGUGGCAGUGAUCCUAAUUAUAAUAAUAUUCCGCAUAAAUCUUUACAAAGUAAACACACUUUUUUUUCCUGGAACAUGCUUUGGCCAGUGAUCUGCGCCGGGCUUCUGCUGUCGGCCCUGGUGGCGCACGCUGAGCCCCGGGUGGCGGGCUGUCCGGAGCACUGCGACAAGUCCCUGUGCCCCCCGCUGCGCGAGGACUGUGACGCCGGAGAGGUGCUCGACCAGUGCGGCUGCUGUCCCGCGUGUGCCGCCGGGGAGGGCGAUCCGUGCGGCGGCGCUGGAAGGCUGGGCGAGCCGGUGUGCGGGGACGGGCUCGAGUGCUCCGUGUCGGACGGCGUGGGCUUCUCCGCCACGGUGAGGAGGAGAGGCAGGAGCGGCGUGUGCGUGUGCCGGAGCUCGGAGCCCGUGUGCGGCAGCGACGGCGCCUCUUACAGGAACAUCUGCGAACUGCGCAGGGUGGCGAACCGGGCGCAGAGGCUGCACCAGCCGCCAGUCAUCUUCAUACAGAGAGGAACGUGCGCGCGAGGCCAGGAUGAUCCAAACAGCUUGAGGCACAAAUACAACUUCAUCGCAGAUGUGGUGGAGAAAAUUGCCCCCGCCGUGGUUCAUAUUGAACUGUUCCGCAAGAUGGUGUUCUCCAAGCGAGAAGUAGCUGUGGCCAGUGGCUCAGGCUUUGUGGUCUCGGAAGAUGGGCUCAUUGUGACCAAUGCCCACGUGGUGGCCAACAAGCACCGUGUCAAGGUGGAGCUCAAGAGUGGGGCCACUUAUGACGCCAAAAUCAAGGACGUGGACGAGAAGGCCGACAUCGCUCUCAUUGAAAUUGAUGUCCCAACAAAGCUACCUGUGCUGCUGCUGGGGCGCUCAGCGGAUCUGCGACCAGGGGAGUUCGUGGUGGCUGUGGGCAGUCCCUUCUCCUUGCAGAACACGGUCACCACGGGCAUCGUGAGCACCACCCAACGCGGAGGCAAGGAGCUGGGCCUGCGCAACUCCGACAUGGAUUACAUUCAGACGGACGCCAUCAUCAAUUACGGGAAUUCAGGUGGCCCGCUGGUGAACCUGGAUGGUGAGGUGAUUGGAAUCAACACUCUGAAGGUGACAGCUGGCAUCUCCUUCGCAAUCCCCUCCGACAAGAUACGACAGUUCCUGGCGGAGUCAUAUGACAGACAGACCAAAGGGAAAACAACAUCCAAGAAGAAAUACAUUGGCGUGAGGAUGAUGACUCUCACGUCAGGACUCGCCAAGGAGCUGAAAGCAAGGCUGGGGGAUUUUCCCGAUGUCACUUCCGGAGCGUAUGUCAUUGAAGUGAUCCCAAAGACUCCUGCCGCUUUGGGUGGGCUGAAGGAGCACGACGUCAUCAUCAGCAUCAACGGGCAGCGCAUCUCCUCGGCUGGUGAUGUCAGCGCUGUCAUCAAGCAGGACUCCACGCUCCGGCUAGUGGUGCGGCGCGGCAAUGAGGACGCCAUCCUUACCAUCGUUCCGGAGGAGAUUGACCCUUGAUGGGGCAGAUUCAUGGACCUCUUUUUCCGGGUUGGAUCUGGAGUCACACCCACUUUAGAACGUGUAGCGGAUCGCCUUCAACCCUCGAUCGGCCCUGCGACUCCACCCACUGCCGCCAAGGCUGGAUCUUCAGCAGGCGCUGGCCCAUGGUGCAGAGCACUGUGACCACACCUUGAUCUUCACCUCCUUGUCUUUUACCCCUCACCAUAUGCUUUUAGAGAUGCUAUGCCCGUUAGUUAGACACAUCAUCUGACCAGCAUUCAUCAUGUUAUUUUUUUUAUACCGUACUUAUUUCUCGAAAAGCCCCAUCAUGUUAAACUACAGAAAAAUCUGUGGGGAUUUUAGAUUACUUUUUGAAUGUUAUUUUCUUGAGUAUGUAUGAGAAAUAGGAAUAAAUAGAA